GGAAGCAGGGCAGGAUGAGUUUGCAUCUUCGUCCAGUAUGUGCCAUGUUCUAUCGUCGAUUCUCGCACUGACCCUUAGCAGGACGGCCUAUGCUCGCUCGGCAGGACACUGACAACCUGCUUAGUUACUACGAGUCGCCGCUCGCAGACAAGGGACCGGUACCUCUAUCAGCAUCGUCAUCGCAGUACUCAUCAUCAGACUCGAGUUGCAGCCAGUAUUCGAAAGAGUCGCCAGUCGCGUCGCCACACAGAACCGAACAAACUGCGGACCGGCAACAGAUGGCCGCCGCCAUCAUGACCGCCGACAUGGCCCAACACAACAGAUCUCAGUCUGACGCCCACGAUAUCCCGCCCUCGUCUAUGCCAGCGCCCAAGCGGAGGUCAUCCACUGACAGCAGCAUAGUCACUUUCUCACCCGACAACCCCGCUUCGUAUCUCAACUACCAGCCCGGCAUACAUGCAACAGCAGGUCCAUUGCCUCCACCGCCAAGACUGGAUCCACCACCACCGCGUUCAGCACGGCGGAGAGGAGACAUUGAAGCAGUGAAACAGGCACUGCAGCUACCUCCAUCUGUCUCUGCAGCCUUGUCGAAGCGGGCACCUCGACCAACAUCACCCACGGUACACGCGACCAAAUCCAUCCAUCGACGAGAGGGCGCGUCAGACACAGAGUCAUCCCGCUCACAUCGAACACCGCCACCCCCACAGCCAGACGUUGUCAUUCAGCCACCUCCGCGCAACGACAGCCUCCCAGAAGACCGCGAAUGGGUCAGCGUCACCCCCCCGCCCUCAAAGAAGCGCGUAUCCGCAGAACUCUCCAUCUCAUCCGGCGAAGAGCUCCCGCCCACCCCAAGUCCUCCUCCAAAGUCCCUCCGCAACAGUCUCACCCGCGGUCUCCGCCGCAUGUCCCUUCCCCGAACACCCAGCCGCACCCCGUCCCCGCCCCAGCUAUCCCCCCUCUCCCGUCCAAAGAUCAAAGCUCUCUACCCCUCCGCCAUGUACUGCUCAGAGCUCUCCGCCAAACUCACCACCCUCGAGCGCUGUGCUCUCUACACCGCCAAGAUCAACGAACUCGCCCUCUACGACUGCGGUCUCAGUGACUGGCUCUUUGAAGCACGCAUCAGAAACUCACCCGGCCCGUCCCCUGCCUUUACGCCGAAACCUCGGAAUACAUCUCACGGCAGCGAGGCUAGCGAAGCCACCUUCCCUGUCCGUCCAGAUGCUGGUGUCGCGACGGAUUUAUCCUCACCCACGACGCCAAAUAGUAGCGUCAUCCUUCCAUACCCGACCCUUGCACCCCGAACGACGUCCUCAGUAAAGAGCGGCUUCUUCGCGUCUCUAGGUCGCAAAGCCAGUGUCAGUCGCACAACAACAGGUCCUCAGCCACCUCGCCAGCAGGCUCAUCAUCCAAUACCCAAUCGUACUGUCCUCACAAAGCGUCCCACCAUCUCUCCCACUGUUCCAGGUGGUCCUAGAGCAAAACGCAUGUCCAGGAGCCAUACCAUGAUGCUCAGCCCUUCCACUACCAGCAGUCAUACCAUGGAAGAUGUCAGCGAGUCAGAUACAAAGCCUACUACCCAGGAUGACCCCGAGUUUGAGAGGCAGCUCGAUAAACUUGCUGUCUUGCUCCCCCAUGCAGAACGCGAUGUUCUUGCCGGUUACCUCCGGCGCUCAGGACAAGAUAUGAUUGCUAUUGGCUUGUAUCUCGAUGAUGAGAAAAUGGGCAGGAUACGCAGACCCUGACUUUUUCUCUUUGCUUUUUGCUUUCGUUGCAUGAACUCUCUACUACCCCAUUGUAUACUAAAUCUGUCGCAUUAUAUCAUCUCUUCCAGAGUGGUUCAUUAUUCGCAUCCAAGAAUACACCUUCCAAGUCUAAUAUUACACUGUAUCCCAAUCCUGAAAGCAAGACAACACUGACUAUUUUCACCGUCCAAUAACCGCAGGUCUAAAUGUUCCCGAUCUUCUCAUGUUCGAAUUCGCCGGGAAUACUUCUCCACUCGUUGGCAACGUUACUCAAAUCCCAGAAAUGUACUCACCGCGUUGCUGCUGCUGCUGAAUAGGUGCCGUACCCCAGCCCGGCCCUGUGUUUCGUCGUUUCCCACCACUCCCAU